CUGAAGUACAGCUUUGUCACCCCUCUCACCUCCAUGGUGGUCACCAAGCCUGAAACUGAGGAUGGAACAGACAGCCCUCUCAUUGCUGACAAGCUGACUGAGGAGCAAAGACAACAGGCAGAGAGAGUGUCAUAUCGAUAUGUACCCCCUGCAUAUCACCUACCACCACCCACAUAUUUUGUGGAUGGAGAUCCUCAUUUCAUGAUAGAGCUUCCUGACAGACACGACGCCCUGUGCUUCAAUAUCAACGACAUGCCAGGAACCAUUUUCAACCUGGUCAGAGACCCAGAACAAGGUCAGCCCUGAGUCCUCA